AGACAAGAACCAACACUUAAACAAGAACCUCUCUCUCUCUCUAUCUCUAUUCUCUCUCUACACAUCAUCACCCUCGUUCGUGUCACUCUUCAUCCAUCCAUUUACUCCAAUCAAAUCGGGAAAAAAAAAACAAAAAAAAAAAAAGAUGGCUCUGCGUUUGAGAUCUUCCCUCUCGAAAUCGAAUUUCUUCAACAUUCUCAGAUAUAACAACCUCGGUUUCGGUACUGCGAGCCAGACGACUCGACAUCUCCGCACACAUGAUCCUACUACGCUGCUUCGAGUUUCACAGAAUCCAAUUACUCGGUUCUGUAACACCAUGGCAGAGAAACUCUCGAGUGUUGGCGAGCACGAAGACGCCAACGCUCAGGUCAUGGAUUUUCCUGGAGGGAAGGUAGCUUUUACACCUGAGAUUAAGUUCAUAUCAGAAUCCAGUAAAGAGCGUGUCCCUUGCUACCGUGUUCUUGAUGACAAUGGCCAACUCAUCACCAACAGCCACUUUGUUCAGGUUAGUGAGGAAGUUGCGGUGAAGAUGUAUAGCGAUAUGGUUACUCUUCAAAUAAUGGAUAACAUCUUUUACGAAGCUCAAAGACAAGGCAGACUUUCCUUUUACGCUACUACCAUCGGUGAAGAGGCCAUUAAUAUUGCAUCAGCCGCAGCUCUCUCUCCUCAAGAUGUUAUCUUUCCUCAGUACAGAGAGCCUGGUGUGCUAUUGUGGCGUGGUUUCACCCUCCAAGAAUUUGCGAACCAGUGUUUUGGGAACAAAUCUGAUAAUGGAAAAGGCAGGCAGAUGCCAGUCCACUAUGGCUCUAACAAGCUCAACUAUUUUACUGUUUCAGCCACAAUUGCUACGCAGUUGCCAAACGCGGUUGGUGCUGCUUAUUCCUUAAAGAUGGACAAGAAGGAUGCCUGUGCAGUCACAUAUUUUGGCGACGGUGGCUCGAGUGAGGGAGACUUUCAUGCUGCUUUGAAUUUUGCAGCGGUUAUGGAAGCUCCUGUCUUAUUUAUUUGUCGGAACAAUGGAUGGGCAAUCAGUACUCCCACCUCAGAUCAGUUCCGAAGUGAUGGUCUAGUGGUCAAAGGCCGCGCUUAUGGUAUUCGAAGUAUACGUGUGGAUGGAAACGACGCGCUAGCUAUGUACAGUGCGGUGCACACUGCUCGUGAAAUGGCAAUUACUGAAGAGAGGCCAAUCUUGAUUGAGGCCUUAACAUACCGCGUAGGACACCAUUCAACAUCAGAUGAUUCCACUAGGUACCGUUCUGCAGAUGAGAUAGAGUGGUGGAACAAAGCUAGAAACCCGCUUUCUAGGUUAAGGACGUGGAUUGAAAGUAACGGCUGGUGGAGUGAUGAAGAGGAAUCAGAUCUGAGAAGCAGAAUUAAGAAAGAGAUGUUAGAAGCGCUCAGGGUUGCAGAGAAGACUGAGAAACCGAAUCUUGAGAACAUGUUCUCGGAUGUCUACGAUGUUCCUCCUCUUAACCUCAGGGAACAGGAGCGUCAGGUGAGGCAGACCAUCAAAAGUUACCCACAAGAUUAUCCAUCAGAUGUUCCUCUUUAGGUAGACUCUAAUUGACUGCUUUGUGUAGUAAAAUGUAAGUCAUUGCCUACAUUGUGUAUUGAAAUGUUUUAUUAAAAUCAAGACCAUUUAUUCCAAAAGCAUACAACUUCUUUGAUGGAGCAAA